AUGUUUUUGUUUUUUUCAAUUCGGUCUCUUCUACUUGAGUUAUUCUUCAUUUUUAUUUCUCAUAUUUUCAUUUCUCAUUCCCCGUUUCUUCUUUCUAUAAUCCUCUCUAAUUUUAUCUUUUUUUUUUAUUUUUCCUUUAUUUAUCUUCAUUCCUUCUUCUUCAUCUUCCUCCUCUUCAUUUUCUUCUUUACUUCUUUUUCUUUCUCCUUCUCUUCUUCUUCUUCACCACUUCAGAUUCUUGUUGUUGUUGUUGUUCUUCUUCUUCUUCUUCUUCUUCUUCUUCUUAUUAUUAUUAUCUCUUCUUCCUCUUUUUCUUCUUCUUCUUCUUCUUCUUCGCCAAAUCUCCCUUCUUCGUCAUUUGUUUUACUGCAUUUCCGUAUCUAUCUAUCUAUCUAUCUAUUCAUCUAUCUAUGUCUACCUAUCUAUCUGUCUAUCUAUCUAUCUAUGUCAGUCUAUUCGUAUUUAUCUAUCUAUAUACAUUAUUACCUUUUUUUUUCUGUUCAUUCUUCGUUUAUUCACUGCCGCGUUGUAUCUACAGGGCGGUCCGAAUCUAUCUAUCUAUCUAUCUAUCUAUCUAUGGCAUUCUCUUCAACAUCUAUCUAUCUAUCACAUUGUCUUCAACACCUAUCUAUCUAUCUAUUACAUUCUCUUCAACAUCUAUCGAUCUAUCUAUCACAUUCUUUUCAACAUCUAUCUAUCGCAUUCUCUUCAACAUCUAUCUAUCUAUCUAUCUAUCUAUCUAUCUAUCUAUCACAGUCUCUUCAAGAUCUAUUUAUCUUUCUAUCGCAUUCUCUUCAACAAACAACCAAAUCACGUUGA